GAGGGAAAUGGCGAAAGGAAGGGAGGGAGAGAAUUAGGUUUAGAAUUAUAAAUUAGAAAAUGGUAAAUAUUCAAAAGGGUGAUUCCCUCGCUCGCCCAAUUAGAAUUUGGGUUUUCCAUUUUUUCUCUCUAUAAAAGGAAACAACCACAGAGAUGCAAACCCUCAUUCUUCAUUUACUCAGUCGUUGAGUUCAUUGCUAUGGAAGAGAAGAAGACGACGGAGUAUUCUUGCAACGCCGACGGCGUUUGCAUGCGAUGCAACGAGAAACCCCCUCUUUGCCAAACCCUCGUUUGCCAAACCUGCACCAGUUCAUGGCACCUUCUUUGCCUCAAUGCGCCGCCGGUCUCCAAUUCCGACUCCGCAUGGCACUGCCCCGACUGCACCGACGUCGACACCUCCGACCCCCCACCACCCGCUCCAUCCACCGGCAUUGUAACCGACGUCCGAGCUAUUCAUACAGACACAUCUCUCUCCGACAAAGAAAAGGCACAGAGGUGCCAGCAGUUGCUCUCCGGCACCUCGAAUCUGGCCCAGGACAACACUGAUGCUCCCGUUAUUUUCAACGGGAGUUUUAACUGCUCCAUUUGCAUGCAACUGCCUGAGAGGCCUGUCUCGACACCCUGUGGGCAUAAUUUCUGCUUGAGAUGCUUUGAGAAAUGUAUGGCUCACAGAAGAUUCGAAUGUCCGAAUUGUCGACGUCCACUAUCUAGAACGUCAUUUAGUCAGCCGAAGAUUAAUGUUCAGUUGGCUAUUGCUAUUCGAUUGGCGAAGCAAGCGAAGUCUGAGGGGUCUUCUGAGCCACCACCAUCAGUGCAGCACUUUUUGCGCAAUCAGGAUCGUCCAGAUACUGCCUUCACCACUGAUCGGGCGAAGAAAACUGGAAAAGCAAAUGCUUGUUCUGGUAGGAUUUUUGUUACGAUCCCACCCGACCACUUUGGACCGAUUCCAGCUGAAAAUGAUCCCGAAAAGAAUCGCGGGGUUUUGGUUGGUGACACGUGGAAUGACAGGAUGGAAUGUCGGCAAUGGGGUGCUCAUUUUCCUCAUGUAGCUGGAAUCGCUGGACAGAGCAGUUAUGGUGCCCAAUCUGUUGCUCUAUCGGGUGGUUACGUGGACGAUGAAGAUCAUGGGGAGUGGUUCCUUUACACUGGUAGUGGUGGAAGAGAUCUGAGUGGAAACAAGCGCACGAACAAACUUCAAUCAUUUGACCAGAAAUUUGAGAACAUGAAUGAAUCCUUGAGAGUCAGCUGCCGAAUGGGAUAUCCUGUUCGUGUUGUAAGGUCAAGCAAGGAAAAACGUUCCAACUAUGCACCCGGCAAAGGGGUGCGUUAUGAUGGGAUCUAUAGAAUAGAGAAAUGCUGGCGCAAGAAUGGAAUUCAAGGCUGUAAGGUUUGUAGGUACUUGUUUGUGAGGUGUGACAAUGAGCCAGCGCCGUGGGCAAGUGAACAAACUGGAGACCGUCCACGCCCACUGCCUGAGAUCGGGGAGUUAGAAUGUGCAAUUGAUAUAACUGAAAGGAAGAACGCACCAGCGUGGGAUUAUGAUGAGGAAAAGGAGUGCUGGACGUGGAAGAAGCCUCCCCCAGAAAGCAAGAAAGCUAGUGAGGCUGGAACAGUCAGAAUGAAGCGGAAAGUGGACUUGGCUGCGGAGAGACAGAAGGUGUUAAAAGGGUUUUCUUGUGGAAUAUGCAAGAAGGUGAUGCAGUACCCUAUCACUACACCUUGUGCUCACAACUUCUGCAAGGCCUGUUUGCAGGGUGCUUUUGCUGGUAAAAGUUUAAUGAGGGAAAGGUCACAAGGUGGACGCUCUUUGCGAGCACAAAAGAAUGUUAAGACAUGUCCCUUCCCUUUAUGUACUACUGACAUUGCUGACUUUCUUGAGAAUCCACAGGUUAAUAGAGAAAUGAUGAACCUGAUAGAAUCAUGGGGAAAGAAGCCUGUAGAAGAAGAGCCUGAGGAGUCAAAUGACAAUGAUGAUGGAAAUGAGAAUGAGAAUGAGGAUGAAAGUAUGGAUGAUGCUACCGAGGUUUCAACACCUUCUGGUUCUGAUGAUAAUGUCCUAGAGGAAAUUAAUGACAAUGAUCUGAAUCAGCAACAUAAGCGAAGGAAGGAGGAGUGAAGGGAUGGCUGCUAGUUAUUUCUGUUCUUUGAAUUAUGCAUUUCUGUUUUGUUGUUGUAUUGUUGUACUUUUUUGUUGCCAGCUUAAAUUUCAGUUAUGAACUCUGUCUGCGUUUUUAUUUUACCUUGUCUUGUUGUUUUGUGAGGUUCAUGCGUUAUAAAAUUUGGUAUCUUCUGUUAACGCAUGCCUUUAGUAUUAUGCAUUUUUGUUAAAUGUUUUAUGAAGUGUUGGACAAGUUUGAAUUUGAUGUUGAUUUCUUGAAUAAAUUUAUGUUUUAUGAA